AUGGGAAUAAUCACGCUAUGUCCCCAAAUUGAACCACUCUACAAUUUUGUGGAGUUGCAAACCUUAGCAACUGCCGUAUUCCAAACUUACCAGUCGCGCUUAGAUCGUCUAGAAGACCUAUACCUAGGAAUUUCUGUCUUUUCCUGCCCAAUGCUGGGCAAUCGCAGAUUUUCAGUGCGCUCCCAUCUGGAGGCCGCUUCUUCAAGGAAGUUCUCCCUUAGUAAGAGCUUGCAGGAAGCGAGUGGCAUGCCCACCCUCUUCCAGGCUGGUGAAAGUGGAGAGCAAGUACCCGCCCUUGCAAGCUCGUCUGCCACCUCAUUUCCUGUUAACUUGAACAAACCCACGUUGCAUAUUUUUGAUUUUGUGUGUUUCGGGAUUUUUUACAUUUUCAGGCGUGCCAUCCUAGCCAAUAAAGAUGUCUCCGGUAACACACCGUGGCAGAGUGUUUUCCAGCACGACUACUGGGGGACCCCCCUGAUGGACUCCGGCUCACAUGGCUCCUAUCGACCGUUGUGCGUGCUCAGUUUUCGCUUCAACUUCCUCUUAGGUGGCUACACACCUUGGGGGUUUCAUCUCAUCAAUAACUUAAUGCAUUGCUUGUCUACUGGUUUGGUCGUGAAACUAGCGCGGUACUACCUAUCUUCAGGAUGGGGAGUGCUGGCGACUGGAGCUCUUUUUGCUGCACAUCCGAUACAUGCUGAAGCUGUAGCUGGAAUUGUAGGCCGCGCAGAUGUAGCUGCCUGCAUUUUCUAUUUACUCACAUAUUUGACAUAUAUGCGGCACAUUGCGUGGCGCGAACGCCAGGAGAUGCAUCAAUGGUUCGCACUAAUCCUCACAGUAACACUGUCACUUGUUGCUCUUCUCUUCAAAGAAACAGCAAUAACUGCACUAUUGGUGUGCGCAGUAUACGAUGGAAUACGUGGGCUCUGUGGUUUUCAAGAUAAACACCGCAUGCGCACUAUUUCUAUACUGGCUAUAUCGCUAGUAUGCAUUGUAUAUUGGCGUCUCCUGGUGCUUCCUCGUCCACAAACCGCCUUCUCAGCAGCCGACAAUCCAAUAGCAAAAAUACCUUCAAUGUGGACUCGAUUCCUUAAUUUUAUUUACCUACCAGCGUUCAAUUUCAGUUUACUUCUCAGCCCUCAGGUGCUUAGCUUUGACUGGGGAAUGGACGCCAUACCGCGAAUUAUAACUCUUCACGAUAAACGCAAUUUAAUCAGCCUUUUCUUCUACUGCACGCUUAUCACUAUUGCCUUCAAAAGCAUAAGAUAUCUGUUGCGGCUCCGUUUGAAGCAUCUAGAAAACGGACAGAAAUACGCAGAACAUCAACAAUAUAAGCAACGUAAAUCGCGAUCCAAGAAGAAAUAUCGAAUGAUAAUAGCCGAAGAUGCGUUAGAAGCACGUUCGCAAUAUAGCCUAUUAGAUUCAACAGUUUUGAGCUGUGUGGCUUACAAAGCGAGACAACUCAGGUGUGCUUGCCACGUUUUCAAGCAGGAGCAAAGUUCUGCCCACCAUAGCCCUUCUUGUCGUGCUCUUAAUAAUAACAAUAAUAAUAACCCUCAUUGGCUUAAUGGGAGCGAUUGCUGUUGCCAUCAAAUAUUCCUGUCUUCCAUUGACGUACCCCACAUUCUAGCUUUGGCGCUGCGCAAAGCCCUCACAGCAGUAGCGCCACGCUCCUCGCGUAGUAGCAGUCGCUGCAGUAGCAGCACGACAGCAAGCAAUAACAGCUCCGGUAGCAACACUUCCAGCAGCAGCACUUGCAGCUAUGCUUCUACCAUUAUGGCGGAAAGUCAGUUGCGACACAGACACGUAUUAGCGUCGCCGCCUAUGUUGAAACCGCGUACAACUCAACAUAUUAAUAACACCUGCAUUUUGUUAAUGGCAUUGUCUUUUCUUACACUGCCCUUUCUUCCAGCUACGAACUUAUUCUUUUACGUCGGUUUCGUAGUAGCCGAGCGAUUACUUUAUUUGCCUAGCGUCGGUUAUUGCUUGAUGGCUGGAUACGGCAUUGGCAAAUUAAUGGAUCGCAUACAUUCGCCUGCAGUGCGUAAGAGGAAAGUUGUACUGAUAUUCGGCCUAAUUAUUCUACUUAGCGUGCUCGGAGCGCGCACAAUUCAACGGAACUGCGACUGGUACAGUGAAGAGAGCUUGUAUAGAAGCGCCGUGGAAAUAAAUCCACCCAAAGCUCUGGGUAAUCUAGGAAGUCUUCUAAGCUCACUAGGUCGAUAUGAAGAAGCGAAGGAAGCACUGGUUGAGGCUAUUAAGCAUAGACCAAAUAUGGCGGACGUUCACUUUAACUUCUUUUAUUUAACUUGGUCGGGUCUUGAUACAAAAGCGGUUAAAACAUAG